ACUGCAGCACUUAAGCCUCAUUGGGAUCACAAAUAUUUCUCUCGGCUCUAGGUUGAAUUACAAGUCAUAAUGGCAGCAAUUGAAGGUUUUCUCGUGGCUUCACUUCUUCUUUCCUGUUUGGCAUCCACUUCCUAUGGAGUGACCUUUUCUUCUCUGCAGAAAACUCUUGUAGUUUCUGAGUCACAUCAAGAAGGAAAAGUCCUGAAAGCUGGGGAAGACAAAAUCACAAUAACGUGGUCAUACAACAAUUCCUUUCAAGCAGGCACAGAUUCAGCCUACAAAACAGUGAAGUUGAAACUUUGCUAUGCACCCAUUAGCCAACAGGAUAGAGCCUGGAGAAAAACUGAGGACAAUUUAGAAAAGGACAAAACCUGUCAACACAAUAUUGUUUCCAGGCCAUACAGUCGUUCCAACAACAAUUUCACCUGGACAGUGGAAAGGGAUGUGCCUACUGCUACGUAUUUCAUUAGGGCGUAUGCUUACAACUCUGCAGAUGAAGAGGUUGCCUAUGGGCAGAACACCGAUGCUCAAAAGACUAGAAAUUUGUUCCAAGUCGAGGCAAUAAGUGGGCGCCGUGCCUCGCUCGACAUUGCCUCGGUUUGCUUCUCGGCUUUCUCCGUGGCAUCUUUAUUUGGAUUCUUUUUCUUGGGAAAAGCCAAAAGCUCUCAAUAGAAGUGAUGGGAUUUGUUUUUGCUUUGAACAGUGUUGUCUUGUACCAAUAAUGCUAAAAAACUAUCCCGUGUGACAUGUACGUGGCAUUAAAUGAUAAGUCCAAUUAAAUAUAAUGUUAUGGUUUAGCACCACCGUAUGUGGCAUAUAUACGACAUUAAACAAUAAGUUUAUUAAAUGCGAUAUUAUAGGACUUAUUUAGUUGGACUUAUCAUAUGUUGCCACAUAGGAUGAUGUUUUUAGUACUAGCGAUGUUAUAUAUCAUUAGUCUUUCACUUUUUGAUUA